AUGCAAGCUGAUGGAACGCAUUCUAAAGAGAGCUAUCCUAGAUCACCUUACUCCCAACAGCUCGACACGGAUUUUUCAAACAACUUCUGUGGAAAAUCGGCCCAAAAGGCAUUCGCCAUUUUACGGGUGAUCCGACGCACCCUCUCCCGUAUUACUCCCAUGGACUUCCAAUUACUCUAUGGGGCCUACGUCAGACCGCUCCUGAAGUACGCAAACCAAGUUGUCUACUCAGGACGCACGAAAGACGUCACCCUCAUUGAGCGUGUCCAGCGAGCCACUACGAGAAUGGUUGCCGGCCCCAAAUCCGUGGACUACGAAACGCGUCUCGCGAUGCUUGAUCUCUUUCCCCUGGAGCGAUUGUUAGUCACCAGUUUUGUACAUUUGCGCGACAAUCACUCCAUUCCAAGCAGAGGGAAAGCGACCUUCGUCAAGCGACUGACAAAACACCAGGUAAAAACGAUUUGCCAGUGUAAACGACGUUUCUUGCAGGAUGCCGGGAUGGACCUCGUUGGGCCCCAACACGCGAAAUGGGCUGACCUUGUGUAA